CCUCGUAACGUCAGAUUUACCCGGUGACAGUCAGAGAAAGAAGACCUACGAGAACACUUGUGGAUUUACUCUUGUUUUCAAAGGAAAGUUAUUCAAGUCCGUGCUGGAUUUUACGUGCAACAUGACAUUUGAGGAACUUAAUGGAGAUUACUCUGUUGAAAGGAUGGAUUCUGUGAUUAAAGCUCUGGAGGAGGUCCUGCGCUCCGCGUUACCGCAGGGAUGUAUUACAGUCGGGGUCUACGAGGCUGCAAAGUCACUCAAUAUGGACCCUGAUAACGUGGUGCUGUGCAUCCUGGCCACGGACGACGAUGAUGUGAAGGAUGUGGCGCUUCAGAUUCACUUCACUCUCAUUCAGGCUUUCUGCUGCGAGAACGACAUCAACAUUCUGCGCGUGAACAACACGCGUCGCCUCGCGCACAUCCUCGGGGGCGCGGGCAUACACGGCAGCGAGCAGAUGGAUCUGCACUGCACCCUGGUCACUGUUCCACAUGCAUCCACAUGGAAGAACCCAGCUAUGGGAAAAGUGAACCGCUUCUGCAGAGAGAGUCGCUGUAUGGAUCAGUGGGUGCCCAUUAUUAACCUUCCAGAACGAUGAGGACAGCUAAAGACAAGGGAAAACAUGGAUAAAAAUAUCUAGUAAAAAUUAUGAAAGCUAAAAAAGGUGAUCACAAAAAGGACUGAUAGUCCAGACUGGAGGAACUAGGGACUAAGCUACAGAAUAAACUGGAGGAGGAGCACCCUUUUGCAAUCUGAGAUGAUUCAGCAGUUUUUGGCUUUGCUUGUGGGACUUUUUGAGGACGUCACAUGAAGCUAAUUGUGAAUGGAA